CUGCAGUAUGGCACUCCAGGCCACAUCCUCGCCCACGAGUGGGCCCACUACCGCUGGGGAGUUCAAGACGAGCACGGGUUCGGUGGGGAUAACGUCUACAACUCCAUGUACGGAUCCUACAAGUCCACCAUGUGCAUCGCGGGCACCACCAAAGGCAAAUUCAAGAGCGACUGCUCAAAAACGGCCACCUGUACGCCAGGAAGCAGCGGUUGCUACUUUUGCUUCCCUGAAGACGAGACCGCCGAGCAGGUCCAGGCUUCACUCGGCUACAUGCCGGCCCUCUCGACGGGCAAGUUCUGUGACGCCGGGACGCAUGUACGCGACACUCCGUCCCCGCAGAACAUUUUGUGCGACGGGCGGUCCAUCAUGGAGGUCAUCCAGCAGCAUCCCGACUACGGAAUGAUGUCAGAGCAUGCGACCACUGACCCGCUGGUCACCAUCACCCAGGAGCCUCUGGGACGCGUGCUGCUGCUGCUAGACACGCCACCAGCCUCAGCUCCAGCAGGCGUGAGUCAGCACUUAUUCUAG